UCUUCCAUGAUCCCUCCCUCUUCUCCUCUGUAAGCAAAUAUGAAGAACUCAGAAGUGAGAGAGCCUCUUCUAGCUUCCAAAAAAGGAGGAUUUCGAACCAUUCCUUUCAUCAUAGCAAAUGAAGCAUUUGAGAAAGUUGCAAGCUUUGGACUAACAGCAAACAUGAUAAUGUAUUUAAUGAAUGAAUAUCAUAUGGAUAUGGCCACCGGUUCAAAUCUCCUCUUCAUUUGGUCGUCCUUUUCCAACUUACUCCCCGUCGUCGGAGCCUAUUUCGCCGAUUCCUUCGUCGGUCGGUUUCGAAUGAUUGCUUAUGGUUCCAUUUUCAGCUUCUUGGGUACGCUUCUUUUAUGGCUAACAACUAUGAUACCACAAGCAAAGCCACCUCCAUGUAUCAUAUCAACUUUCGAAAGCCAAUGUUUAGGACCGACAUUCUACCAACUCGUGCUACUAUGCUCUUCGUUCCUAUUAAUGUCGGUUGGGGCCGGGGGAAUCCGAUCGGCUUCGGUUGCUUUCGGUGCGGAACAGCUCGAGGAUUCCGACACCUUAAAGCAAGCCGGAGCGAUGGAAACGUUCUUAGGUUGGUACAACGCGAUGACCGCCUUGUCAGUUGUCAUCGCGAUCACUUUCAUAGUUUAUAUUCAAGAGAAGUUUGGUUGGCGAGUAGGGUUCGGAGUGCCAGCGGUUCUUAUGCUUGUUUCCGCGCUUUCGUUCUUCAUGGCUUCGUCACUUUAUCGGAAUGCAAACAUGAGUAAGUCGAGUUUGAUGACUGGUUUAGUUCAAGUGGUUGUCGCGGCUUGUCGUAAGAAGGGUGUUGUGUCGACGGUUUCUGAUGGGAAUAAGGCUAAUUCGUUGUAUUAUCGUCUGAAGGAAUCGACGAUAUUGGUUCCAAGCGACAAACUAAGUUAUUUCAACAAAGCUUGUAUAAUUGAAGAUGCUGAGAAUGACCUAACCACAGAUGGAAAACCUUCCAACCCAUGGAGACUUUGCACAAUAGAUCAAGUUGAGGAUUUAAAGAGACUAAUUAAGCUUAUCCCAAUAUGGUCAACAGGAAUUCUAAUGACAGUCAACUUAAGCCAAAACACAUUCCCCAUAAUCCAAGUUAACUCCAUGGACCGCCACAUUACACCAACUUUCCAAAUCCCAGCAGCCUCAUUCACCAUCUUCAUGAUCCUCUCGAUGAUCGCAUGGAUCGUAAUCUACGACCGAAUUCUCAUCCCAACUGCAUCCAAGAUCAUGGGAAAGCCAGCUAACCUUAGUCCCAUCACAAGGAUAGGGCUCGGGCUAUGCUUCGCUUUCCUCUCAAUGAUAGUUCGAGCCAGCGUGGAAACUACUCGACGAUCCCUAGCACAUGAACUAGGGAUCGUCGACGACCCGACAUCUGUCGUGCCAAUGUCGGCUAUGUGGUUGUUGCCUCAAAACAUGUUGAUGGGAGUGGCGGAGGCGUUGUGUGUGGUGGGACAAACUGAGUUGUAUAUGUCUGAAUUGCCGAGGGGCAUGUGGAGCUUGUCGAGUUGUCUUUCGGGGAUUGCGGGUGGAAUCGGAGGGCUAGUGGCGGGCUUGAUGAUGAAUGGAAUUGACUUGGUUAGCAAGAGAGGAGGGAAGGAAAGUUGGAUAUCUAGUAAUAUUAAUAAGGGACAUUAUGAUUAUUAUUGUAUAGUUCUUGCUGGGGUUUGUUUAGUUAAUUUGGUUUAUUUUAUUAUUUGUAGUAGGGCAUAUGAGAAUACUAAUGGAAGGGUUAGGGUAAAGAAGAAUGAGGAAGAAAAUGUGUCAAAGUGUGAAGAAGUUGCUAAUUAAUUAGUCGAGCAUAGUUUUUGAUGUGUUAGUGACCAUAUAAUAUAUUGUAGUUGGAUGAGAAUUGUUAAAGUCUAAUUUGAAUUAUAUCUAGUCACCAUUUCAUUCA